UGUAGAAUCUCUGCAUCCAAAUGUGUCAACAAAAAAAUUUAAUGCUUCGAGGUUGCAUGUUGUUGUCCCAACAUACACUGUCAUUGGCACAAAUGCACACUUCGGAGCUACUUUUAUGUCAUGCAUACAGGUGGAGACAUGUUCUCUGUCACAUAAAUACCAUUAAACAAAAGCUCUUGUGGAAUAACAUCUGUUCCUGCACAGGUGGAAACAAAACAUUAUCUUCUGCUCUAAGGAAUCUCCACAAAGACAUGUUGCAGUGUGGAAUCUGGUGGCGGUGGGACCUCACAGGUUUUGUCCUGCUUUGUGCUUGCAUCUUUUGGAAGGUGAGUUGGAGUUUUGUGUCAAGCCUGGAAAGCCAUCACUUCAUCUUCACUCGGAGGAAGAAGGGAAGCCAAGAUGUUGGAAGGCAAGGCAAUGAUUCAGGAGACAGACAUGCCUGUGAAGAUGCAGCUCCAAGCCAUGUCCUGUGCCUCAGAAGCCCUUGACCUCUUUGAUGUCCUCGACUGCAAGAGCAUGGCUGCGUACAUCAAAAAGGAGUUUGAUCUUAGGUAUGGCCCUGGAUGGCAGUGUGUGGUGGGUUCCAACUUUGGGUGCUUCUUCACUCACAAAAAGGGCACCUUCAUCUACUUCUGCUUGGAGACACUCUAUUUCCUCAUCUUCAAAGGUGCUGCUGCUUGAGCUAUCUAACCAUGUACAUCACUACUUUGGAAUCCAGAGGAGCUUUUGGAAGCCUUGAAUCCUAUUCCAUACUGGAGGUACUCUUCUUACUGUACCUCACAUCCCAGUUUAGGAUUUCAUGACUUAGGUCAUCCAAACAUGUAAUCAGGGUUAUGAUCAGUAAAGUUCUUAUCCAGUUCAGAACCAGCUUACUCCAAUUUGGUAUCAGUGAUGUUCUGUAUUCUCCAACAAAUUUGCACUUUAGUCCACUAAUUUUUCUUACAUUUGUUGAAGACAUGAGAUCACAGUCAAUACCAAGUUUCAUGCCGAGUCAUCGAUCGAGUUCUUUCGAUCUCUGAAUGACUAAGAUAAACUCUGUUUAACCAAAAUCAGAUCAAUCUAUUCAUAUUUUGUAUUGUCUAUGCUGAUCCCAUUCAUAUCUUAAAGAAAUGGUAGCAAGGGUAUGAAAAUGUUCAUCUAAGCCAUCAGAC